AUGAAUACUGCUGAUGUAGGAUAUUCAGUAGAAACUGAUCGUUCGGUAUCGGCUGCUGCGCAAACACCUUAUGAAUCAUCUUCACCAAAUAUAUCAAAUAAAUUUAAAAAUGCACUAAAUCAAAAAUAUGAGAGAAGUGUUCGUUUUUUCAAUUCAAUUUAUGGAAUAUUAAAUGUUAUCACAAUUGUUGCACUUGUUGGUGCAUUGAUUAGUGCUGGUCUAGCUAGUUCUGGUGAUGCACGUUUAGCAGAUAGCUUACCUAAUUUUUCCAAAGCUAAAGUUAGUGCUUUUCAUACCCGAAAUGCAGUUCUUGUUUUUGCAUCGGCUGGACUUUUUCUUAUUCUUGUUGAUACUAUUCUUCAAAUGACUGGUCUUAUUAAACGUUUACCAGUACAAUUUGAUUCAAUUUUCACAAUUAUAAUGUUUGUAGUUGCUGCUAUAUUUCUUAUUCUUGGAUGUUGCGCAGCAGCAUGGGGAAAAAAAAUGAAUGAUUCUCCAAUAGCACGUAUGAGUUCAGUGCGGAAUACAGCUGCUGCUGCUAUAACUGCAAUUUUCUUAUUUAUUGCUAUGAUUGCGAUAAUUAUCAAUUUUGUUUUACGUUUGAUUCGUCCAACAGAACGUGGUAAUGAUGGAUAA